UUGGCGUAUAUACCACCCUUGUGCUUGGCGGUUUGUUUCAUCCCAUCAAUUGUUUGGAUUCAACAGUAGUCAGUCUCACUCUCUUCCUCCAAAUCGUUGGUGCUGCUGCUACUGUGUAUCGGAGAUGAACGGCGUUGGUGGGGCGGGAGGAGCAGCGGCAGGGAAGUUGCCAAUGGUGAGCCACCGACGGGUGCAGUGGAGGCUAGCGGACGAGCGGUGUGAGCUCCGGGAGGAAGAGAUGGAGUAUAUCCGGCGGUUCCACCGCCAUGAGCCUAGUAGCAACCAGUGCACCUCGUUCGCCGCCAAGCAUAUCAAGGCGCCCCUCCACACCGUUUGGUCACUAGUGAGGAGGUUUGAUCAGCCACAACUUUUCAAACCUUUUGUGAGAAACUGUGUAAUGCGAGAAAACAUUAUUGCGACCGGAUGUAUUAGGGAGGUCAAUGUUCAAAGCGGGCUUCCAGCCACAAGGAGCACUGAGAGGUUAGAGUUGCUUGAUGAUAAUGAACACAUCCUCAAAGUCAAUUUUAUUGGGGGAGAUCAUAUGUUGAAGAAUUACUCAUCCAUCCUGACCGUCCACUCUGAGGUCAUCGAUGGCCAGCUUGGAACACUGGUGGUCGAAUCAUUUAUUGUGGACGUUCCAGAAGGGAACACCAAAGAUGACAUAAGCUAUUUCAUCGAGAACGUUCUCAGGUGUAACCUUAGGACCCUUGCUGAUGUGUCAGAGGAGCGCCUUGCCAAUCCUUGAUCGCACCCUGCUUUCUUAGUUGAUUAAUGAUUAGAAUAAUCCAUAUAUAAAAUUGGUGGACCGUAUUGAAACUCUUAGAAAACAACAUAGCUUCUUGGUCGACACUGGAUACUAAAGCUUCUUUUUUAGAAUUUAGAGCAAUCAAGACACUCACUUCAGUUUACUACAGACAUAUGUGCAACUUUGUUGUUUACUUCACUCGUGCAAAAAAUGUUGAACUGAAAUGAAACAUUGAUACUCUAAAGGAUUGUAUUCAGAUUUCCUAUUCAUUAAUUCAUAUGUCUUCUUCUUAGCUAUGAAAAUAAUGUUCCCAUA